GCGGCCCUCUCUUGUAGGAUGUAUAAUAACACGGAGGCAUUUACAAAUAACGCCGUACGCCUCAACGGUCUGGGAUACGUGUAUGUUAGAGUUUUUUUUAUAUUUUUUUUUUAGCCCUGUUGCAGUUCCACCCAGUGCUUUGUGAUGAGCUGCAUGUCAACCCCUCUCUGGCAUUACACCGACUUCAUAAAGUUUACCAAAAUAAUGGCACGUUUGGCGUUAAAUAUACCCCAAAUCUCUGUUUUGAAUUUUCACGAGAUAGGCUCGCCUUACGUAAUUGCGAUAUGAUGGAAUUCCGGCGGCUCUGGGGGAAUUCUCAUUUCCUGUUGCAGCCGUGCUCACACUUCAGUAUUUCAAGGAAAUUUGGGAAAUCUGCUAAGCGACAAAGAGACGGUGUGGCUCCUUUACUUUGAAUAGCACGUCAAGCCACGAUCAAACAAUGUAAUCCAAUCAGAGCAGAAAUGACAAGCAAUGUAAUGAAAUAAACGCGGAUUCUUUGCAUGCCACCAACACUGCACGUCAAAACACGUUUGCUUACUUCGUCCGCCUCAUCGACAGCUAAGAAGAGUGAGUCUUUAGUUGUGUGUGAGGUGGACGAAGACCUGGUGAAAAAGUUGCGGGAUUUCCGCUUCAGGAAGGAGACUAAUAAUGCCGCCAUCAUCAUGAAGAUUGAUAAAGACAAACAGCUGGUGAUUCUGGAGGAGGAGCAUGAGGAUAUUUCCCCUGAAGACCUGAAGAAUGAGCUACCAGAGAGACAGCCCAGAUUUGUAGUCUACAGCUAUAAGUACCAGCACGAUGAUGGGAGAGUGUCCUACCCUCUGUGUUUUAUCUUCUCCAGUCCUGUUGGAUGCAAACCUGAGCAGCAGAUGAUGUACGCCGGCAGCAAAAACAAACUGGUACAGACGGUUGAACUGACCAAGGUGUUUGAGAUCAGGAACACUGAAGACUUGACAGAGGAGUGGCUCCGAGAGAAACUGGGCUUCUUCCGCUAAGAAAGGACAGAA